AGCCUUAUACACGCCAAACGUGUCAGAAGGCACGCUGCACUUGUCGCUCCAAUCACGCGGGACUAGCUUGGCUUUAUUUUUUAUGUGCGUGCGGCGAGGUACGGCGGUUUUAGAAAUGGCUGACACCCGUUAUUGGUAGAGAGAUUUCAUGAUUAACUUCAUAGAAGGGUACAAAGCAAAUCCAUGUUUAUGGAAAAUUCGUUCGAAAGAAUAUACCAAUAAAAAUUUAAAAAAUGAAGCAUAGGACAAAUUAG